AAUAAUAAUCUAAUUAUAACAGUGAAAAAAUUGGAACUCCCUCUAGUAAGUAGUAGUUCUCUCUCGUUCAACUUUGCUGCAAAUAGAUCAAUCAACCUUCAUCUAAAACUUGCAGGUGCUUAAGUGAUUGGGUGUCGCAAGAAACUAUAGAAGGCAAGUUGUAGACUAGAGAGUAGAGACAAGUAUUAUGAUGAUGAUGAAUGGCGGAAGCAGCAGCAGUGGAGGUGGUGGAGGAGGAAGAACAUCGUGGCGUUCAACGUCAGUGUCAGCUUCAGGGAAGAGAAUACAGAAGGAAUUGAAAGAGUUGGAUUCCUAUCCUCCUCCUCUUUCGUCCGCUGGUCCCAUUGCUGACAACCUCUACCACUGGCUGGCCACCUUUCUCGGCCCCCCUGGGACACCAUAUGAAGGCGGUAUAUUUUUUCUUGACAUUUUGUUCCCCAAUGAGUACCCUUUCAAACCUCCCACGGUGGUUUUUAAAACAAGAAUUUACCACUGCAAUGUUGAUUCUUCCGGCAGUGUUAAUUUGGAAAUUCUGAAAGAUGGUUGGAGUCCAGCCCGAACAAUCUCUAAAGUGUUGCUUGCCAUAACAUCUAUAUUUCUGAACCCAGACCCAUACAAUGUUCUGGUGCCUUCCAUCGCACACCUAUAUCAAGUUGAUAGGAAAAGACACGAUGAACUUGCUGCUGCAUGGACGCACCGGUUUGCGAAAUAAAGAAACAAGUAAUGUUAUACGACAUAAGAGUUGGGAUAUCGAAAAUUUGUGCUUGUAGUUUACUUGCUUGUAUAUACAUCAGUUACUGAUCACUGGAUAUGUAACGUAUUAGCUAUUACUGUACUCGUGGAUUGUAUAAUGUUAGUGAUAAACCCUUGCCCUCUCCCCCAUAGUUCCUCUAUUAAUUUAUGGGUUGGAACUGGGAAGUGUUAGCUAAUACUGUUUGCCUAAUGUUUAUAU